UCUCCUCAUGUUCUUCUCGACGCAUUUUUUAUUUUCGGUAUUUUCUCUAUGAUUUAUGCUUCUCUCUAUAUAUAUGUAAUCCACCCAGACUACACACCACAUGCUUGUACAAUACGUUAUUAACUCAUAAUUAAGUCAUAUCACUAAUUUUCUCUCAAAGUCCAUUGCGCAUCACUGCAGCAAUCAUAGCGCUCUGUCUCUCGCUCAUUCACGACUAGUUGAGUUUUAAAAACGGUGGAAUACCUUUUGGAAUAUAAUUUUUUUCCCGGGUUGUGUUCUGCUAUGACCUGAUGGUAGUAAUGGAUUGACAGAAUCUGAAGGUUGGUCAUUUGAAAAGGAGAAAGCUAGGCACGUUACCCACCGUUUCUUUUGGAUACAUUGUGCGCGUCGAUGUUUGGUGUGAGUUAUGGGAUUUGUUUUUCUCAUACCUGGUUGAUCUGAGCUUCUGAUUUAAAAAAGUUUUGCUUUGCAUAAAGUUUAGGCACCCUUACUUCUCUUUCUCCUCAUUGGCUUUCGUAUUUCCCCAAUUCCAACCUAUUCAGCUUUCAUAUCAUUAUUGUGGUAUCCACAUGAUCAUAAUCUUCUCUAAGUAUUUUGCUCUAUGUGGUGAUCACUUCAGUUAGGAAUUCAUAGUAGUAUUUUCUACAAAUGCAUUCCAAUGACUAGCUGGUCAACGACUUUAUAUGCACACGCAUGCACACACACGCAUGCACACGCACAAACACACACCACACACACACAGAGGGUAAGGCCAAACUCAACAUAACGUUGAAAAAUGAACAGAUCACAUUCACUUAGACACAGGUGUGGUCAGGGUUUGCAGUAGCCCAGUAAUGGAUUGAAGGAGCCUAACGUUACUCCAUUGUGCCACUGUAGUGCUAUUGGGGGAAGAGGUGCUUUUGUAGUUGCGCGAGAGCUGGUUCUUGACCUUAUAUAUGGUCCAACGACCUUAUAUGUUCUGUUUAGAGGCAAAUUGGCUCCUGCAGCCGAAACAUCUUCCUCACACUUAUUCUUCAGAAUAGAGUGCCCUAGGGCCCCCGAGUGGCGCAGAGGUCUAAGGCACUGCAUCUCAGUGCAAUAGGUGUCACUAUAGUCCCUGGUUCGAAUCCAGGCUGUAUCACAGCUGGCCGUGAUUGGAAGUCCCAUAGGGUGGGGAUAAGUUGGCCCGGCGUCGCCUGGUUUUGGCCAGGGUAGGCCGUCAUUGUAAAUAAGAAUUUGUUCUAGAAUUUGUUCUUAACUGACUUGCAUGGUUCAAAAAAUAUGAAGCAGUAAGCCACAGUCUGUCUAUUUUGGCACAUGUUCAGGAGCGAGGCCUCACUUUUAGCCACUUAUCGGACCUCUUGACAUGAUGACGUCAUAGUGCACCAUUCAAAGACAAGGGCCAUUGUGCCACUGUAGUGUUAUUGGGGGAAGAGGUGCUUUUGUAGUUGCGCGGGAGCUGGUUCUUGAAUCAACACAGUUGUUCUCAGGAUGUUGUACUUUUGUUGACUUCAUGGUAUUGGGGUAGGAAGCUGGGGGUGGAUCACGAGGGGAGUCUCGGGAAUCUCUUCUUGGUAGAGUCUGGCAUUGGAUUUACUGUUACACAUGGGAGGCAACAACAUCUAGGAAGGAUUUUUAGCACAUGGCUGAGGGGAGGGGGGGACAUGCAUAAAUACAGUCAGAGUCCGAGAGUGAAAGAGAGUAUACAGGAAGACUCACAUGCUGUCACUAAUAGACACAUUUCCCUUCUCUGAUACACAGACAGACAGACAGGGUAUGGUGUGUUCAACAGUCACUUGACCACUUCUCGUCCCCUGUUGGUAUCAUCUCCGACCCACUCUUUCUUCAGAGAGCCUGCGCUUUCUCUCUCUCUCCGAUCCAGCUCUUAGCUCUUCUGUCUUAUGCCUAAACGUAUCUCCCUUCUCCUCUGUCUCGUCCUGCGAGAGGUCAUUAGCUCACUCUGUCUGUCUCUCUUGUCUGUAUUCUUAUGUAUUUUAUACCUCUUUUAUUACUUUUUAUUUAAUUAUAGUUUUUUUUACUCUGCAUUGUUGGGAAUGGCUCGUAAGCAAGUCUACACCAGUUGCAUUCGGCGCAUGUAACAAAGCCAAUUUGAUUUUCCCUUGCUCCCUCUCCUACUUUAUAUGAUUGCAAACUGUUAAAGUUGAUCCGUCUUGUCCUUGCUCUCUUUCUCUCUCUUUUUCUCUCGUUCUUUCUCUCUCUUUCUCCCUUUCUCAUGCCAUAUUUGGCUUUUGUCUGUCUGUCUGUCUGUCUGUCUCGUUCUGUCUGUCUUUAUGAUGCUGGUUUAUUGUCAGCCUUUUUAUUCUCUUUCUCCCUCCCUGCAUUUGCAUUAGGCACAACUGGACGUCUUCAAGGAGAAUACUUCCCAAUAGUUAAUAUCAGUAAUCCUUUCAAAACUGAUCACCAAUGGGUUGAUUUACUUUGACACUUGAGGCUUUCUGAGGGUUUUAGCCUGUUAUUUUAAUCAUGUUUGUUUUCACACCAUGGGUGGAAAUAGGAGACAAAGGGCUGUGAGACAGAGGUUUAAUCCUAGAGACAUGAAAAGUGGGAUGUAUACAGAGGGUGCGGGGCAACAGAAGACAAACAGCAGAGGGACUAAGGAUUUUAGAGAUUGGGAAAGGGCCAAUAAAGGGGUUGUUUACGGGACUCUACCCGGAGGGGCAGAUCCCGGGUGGAAAGCCAUACCCUCUGCCCGAGACAAUAGCGGGGAGCUGGGGUCCGGUGGUGGUCCGCCCGUCGCCGAUACCUGGAGGUGGUCUUGAAAAGAAUGGACCGGGUUCUCUUCCAGGUACGGCAACAGCGGCGGACAAACAUCUGGACCGAGGGUAUGCUGACUUCUUCCUCAGUGAAGAGCGGGGGCGGAUAUCCCAAGGAACACUCGAGAGGGCGAGAGACCAGCGGCCGAGCAGGGAAGGUUGUUGCGGAUGUAUUGCACCCACACGAGUUGCUGGCUCCAGGUGGUGGGGUUGGCGGAGAGGAGAAAACAAAGAGCUAUCUCCAGGUCCUGAUUUGCUCGCUCCGACUGGCCAUUAGACUGGGGGUGAAAACCUGAGGACAGGCUGGCCGACUACCCAACGAGAGUGCAGAACGCCUUCCAGAACCGGGACGAGAACUGAGGACCGAGAUCAGAGACCAUGUCGACCGGAAGUCCAUGGAUCCGGAAGACGUGUUACAUGAGCAUGGCAGCCUCCUUGGUUGAGGGUAGCUUGGGAAGGGGAAUAAAAUGGGUGGCUUUGGAAAACCUUUCUACCACCGUAAGGAUGGUGGUGUUGCCAUCUGAUGGAGGAAGACCAGUGACGAAGUCCAGGAAAAUGGGACCGGGGCGGUGAGAAACAGGGAAUGGUUGAAGACGGCCAACCGGAGCUUGCCGCGGGGCCUUAUUCUGCACGCACACAGUGCAGGCGGUGACGAAAGAGGAGACGUCAGAAACCAUGAUGGUCCACCAAAAACGUUGUCGGAAGAAAGCCAGGGUCCGACGGGAGCCAGGAUGGCAGGUGAGUCUAGAGGAACGUUCCCAUUCCAGGACCGGGGAUUGGGCAGAGUCCUGGACAAACGUCUGGUCAGAUGGUGUAGCAGUGGGGCUAUACAGGUGUGAGAGCGUGUCAGGCUUCCCAUUCUUGGACCGGGCAGUAGGAGAUAGUAAAGUUAAAACGAGUGAAUAAUAGGGCCAAUCGAGCCUGCCUUGAGUUGAGGCGCUUAGUAGUUUAGAGAUAUUCCAGGUUCUUAUGGUCAGUCCACACUAAGAAUGGAUGUUCCGCACCCUCUAACCAGUGCCUCCACUCCUCCAAUGCCAUCUUGACCGCGAGUAGUUCUCGAUUUCCCACGUCAUAGUUCCUCUCAGCGGGGUUAAGACGAUGGGAAAGGAAAUCGCAGGGAUGCAGCUUUUGGUCCUGGGCAGAAAUGGAUGGAUUAAUAUGGGGGCUCUAGUGAAUUGAUGCAUGAGGUCUGAGAACGCCCGGUCCGCUGCUGAAGACCAGGUGAACAGAACCUUGGGAGAGGUCAGUGCUGAGAGGGGGGAAGGCAGGGUAAUGUAACCCCGGAUGAAGCGGGGGUAGAAAUGAGCAAACACCAGGAAACGUUUCAGCUGCACUCUGGAUGUGGCUAGAGGCCAAUCCACACCGCUCUCACCUUGUCCGAAUCCAUCUGAAUAUUUCCUGCAGCAAUAACGUUUCCUAGGAAGAAGAUGGUGGAGCGAUGGAAUUCACAUUUCUCUGCUUUCACAAAAAGCUGGAUCUCCAGGAGAUGCUGAAGGACCUGUCGGACGUGGAGGACGUGCUCUUGAGCUGAACGGGGGAAAAUGAGGUAGGCAAACACAAACCGGUUCAGCAUGUCACGGAGCACGUCGUUAACCAGGGCCUGGAACACUGCGGGAGCGUUGGUCAGUCCGAACUGCAUAACAAGCUACGCGUAGUGCCCGCUAGACAUUUUAAAAGCUGUCUUCCAUUCGUCUUCUUUCCCGUAUCAGAACCAAAUGGUAAGCGUUCCCGAAGGUCCAACUUCGAGAAGAUCAUCACCCCCCUGGAGAGGCUCGAAAGCCGAUGAGAUAGGCCCCGGUAGGAUUUUGUCUUUCUCCACAAAGAAGAACCCUUCACCGGCGGGGGAGGCAGAUGGAUGAAUACGCCCUGCAGCAAGAGAGUCCUCAAUGUUCCUUUCCAUAGUAUUGGUCUCCGGACCAGACAGAGAAUAAAGCCACCCCCGAGGCGUAGUAGUGCCCAGGAGAAGGUCGAUAGCGCAGUCAUAGGGUUGAUGCGGAGGGAGAGAUGUAGCACGGGCCUGGCUGAAACUCCCGUUGGUCCUGGUACUCUGCGAGAAUGGCGGAGAGAUCCGAGGCUUCUCCCAAGCCCGCAGGAAGACGUCCCGUGGCAGGCUGCGCCGACUACAGGCAAUGCGAGUGGCAGAACGGGCUCCAACCCAUGAUAGAACCAGUAGCCCAGUCGAUCAGGGGACUGUGCCUUUGGAAAACCCCAAAACCGUGGGUACAAGAGGAGAUUCAAUGAGCAGGAACUGCAUAGACUCACUGUGAUUACCUGACACUCGCAGGUUGAUGGGAACCGUAUGGUGGGUGACUCUGCCAAUAGAGUGCCCAUCCAGCACAGUGACGUCCAUGGUAAUGGAGAGGGGUUGUGUGGAGAUACCCAGCUCCGACACCAGGGUAGUCUCCAUAAAACUGUCGUCGGCACCAGAGUCAAUGAGCACCCGGAGAGAUUUGGACAGGUCACCCCACAGCAGGAUGGCAUGAAGAGGCGUACGAGUAAUGGGAGAUUGGAAGCUCACCAGCAUGCUCAUACCUGCUGAUGAGCCUGGUCUUUUAAUGAACAGGUAGAUAUGUAAUGUCCUGUAGUACCACAAUACAGACAGUUCUUGGUGCUCAGUCUACACAACAGUUCAACAGGAGACAAUCUAGCCCUGCCCGAUUGCAUUGGUUCUGGAGGAGACGAGUCGACAGCCCUCUGUGAUUCCCGAGGGAACUCGGGUGACAUCGGAUUCUCCCGGCAAUGUAGACUUCUGGAACGUCCGGGAUUCCUCGGAGGCGAGGUGGGAAUCGUGGACGAGCGAGUGUGACCGGGAUAGACCUCCUCUCCUUCCUACGUUCCCGUAGCGUCCAAUCGAUCUGUAUGGUCAAGGCUAUGAGAGAGUUGAGGUCCACUGCAUAGUCUGCCACACUACGAGAGUCUUGGCACAGUUCAAGUAGCUUACGAGCAGCCGCUCUCCCUGACAACGGAUUAUCGAACACCUUUCUUACCUCCGCCACAAACUCCUCCAGGCUGAGGCAAACAGUGUAUUGAUGCUCCCACACCACUGUAGCCCAGGCUAGUGCUCUCCCGGACAUGAGAGUUAUCAGGUACGCCAUCUUCGAACGAUCUGAGGGAAAUGAAGAAGGCUGCAGCUCGAGGAUGAGGGAGCACUGGGAGAGAAACGCUUGGCAGGUUCCUGGAUCUCCAACAUAGCGCUCCGGGGGAGGUAAGCGGGGUUCAAGGUAAGCCGGGGUAAGCUUGGGAGAAACACAGCUGGUAGCGGGGUUACUGAGAGCCUGGGAGGUUACUGUAGUAGACACAGGAGGCAGAUAUUACUUUUCAGAAUAUUUAUUAUAAUUAUUAAUUAUAACAAAGGGGGCAGGCAAAAGGCAGGUCGAGGGCAGGCAGGUACAGGACGGCAGGCAGGCUCAGGGUCAGGACAGGCAGAAAGGUCAGAACCGGAAAGACGCUGGUAAGACCUGACAAGACAAGACGAACUGGCAACAGACAAACUGAAAACGCAGGUAUAAAUACACAGUAGAUAAUAGGGGGAAAUGGGAGACACUUGCUGGGGGGUGGAGACAAGCACAAACAGAUACAGAUCAGGGUGUGACAGAAACUUUCCAUACAUAUUUGCCCAUGGUAGAAGUGGUCAGAACUGCCAAAACAUUUAGGAGAUGGAGGUGCUCAAAGUUGACCCAUUUUGCAGACCCCACUAUACCAUGAGACAUCCAUGUCUUCAUCACUGGUAAAGAUAAACAGUUGAGUUGGAUACCAUUUAAAAACUUAAACAGGGUUGUCAAAGUAUUUUCUAAUUUCUAGAAAAAGGUGUUUUUUAAAUACAAAUUGUCCUUUUUUUUUGUUAUAUGUCAAUUAUCCAAAAACAUGUCAACUCAGAUUUAUUUUCAUUUUCGCAUAUGUUGUAGUUUAGACCCUGUUUAACCUAAUCUGAAGUGUUUGUGUUGUGACUGCCAUUGGUUGAGACACACCAUACUCUUGAAUACAGGGUGGGUAGCAUUUCAAUCAUAGAAAUAUUAUUAAUAGAAUGGAGAUAUCCUUUCAGACCACUGCAAUUUAGCUGGUACAUCAUUGAAAUUUUUACUUCCAAUUACUUCCACAAAGAUGGCCGCCGGUCCACCCACCAUCGAACGUCAACAUAAAUGGGAAUGUAUGUUCUAUUAUCUAUGUUUCUAUGAUUUCAAUAAGCUUCCUAUGGAAUAUUGACAGUAUAGUUUAAAACAACUGAUUUUCCCAUCAGGGGUUGGAACCAAAAUAUUUUACCCAUCAUUCCAUUCUGAGCAGAACUGCUAUUUUGUUAGUCCCAGUAUUCUUUAAAAAAAAGUGUAUUUUACCCCCUUUUCCUCCCCAAUUUUUAUCUUGUCUCUUCGCUGCAGCUCCCCAACAGGCUCGGGAGGCGAAGGUCGAGUCAUGCGUCCUCCGAAACAUGACCCGCCAAACCGCGCUUCUUAACACCCGCCCGCUUAACCAGGAAGCCAGCCGCACCAAUGUGUCGGAGAAAACACAGAUCAACUGACGACAGAGGUCAGUCUGCAGGCGCCCGUCCCGCCACAAGGAGUCGCUAGAGCACGAUGAGCCAAGUAAAGCCCCCCCCGGCCAAACCCUCCCCUAACUCGGACGACACUGGGCCAGUUGUGCGCUGCCCUAUGGGACUCCCGAUCACGGACGGUUGUGAUAGACUCGGGUCUGUAGUGACAACUCUAGCACUGCGAUGCAGUGCCUUAGAACGCUGCGCCACUCGGGAGGCCCUGUCCCAUUUUCUGACAAGAAAAUAAAGUUCUGAACUGAUUAGGGUCCCAAAAAAGUAACAGUUCACAUUGUUCCUUUUCGUUCAUUUUUGUAUAUUUAUCUCAAUGUUUUACUCCAGCAAUUUGCACUAAUAGAGCAGCUUGCUGUGGAAAGGGUAAUGUUUGAUUGGUCAGAUAAGUGCAGGUUCGAGAUGCUACUGAAAUUUCACGGGGGGGAGAGCGGGCUUGGCUUGAAGCUCUGAACACGAUGUGGAGUGGAAUGUGUUUACAGCAUUUAUACACAGAAAUCAGGAAUAUUUUUGGAAUUUAAAUCAUAUAGAAAUUGAGAACGUUUUAUUACAAUAUUUUGUUACUUGAGCCAGUAAAGAGCGCUUUACGAUUCUUGGGUAGCGUAAUCACUUUAGCUUCCCUCCAAGCCUGAAGGCACACACUUUCUAGUAGGCUUAGAUUGAAGAUAAGGCAAAUAGGAGUGGCAAGAUUGUCCGCCAUUAUUCUCAGUCAUUUUCCAUCCAAGUUGUCAAACCCCAGUGGCUUGUUAUUGUUGAUAGACAACAAUCAUUUUUUCACUUCUUCCACACUCACUUUACGGAAUGAAAAUUGACAAUGUUUGUCUUUCAUAAUUUGAUCACUUAUACUUGGAUGUAUAGAGUCAGCGUUUGUUGCUGGCAUGUCAUGCCUAAGUUUGCUUAUCUUGCCAAUGAAAAAAUAAUUAAAGUAGAUGGCAAUAUUAGUGGGUUUUGUGAUGAAUGAACAAUCUGAUUCAAUGAAUGAUGGAGCUGAGUUUGCCUUUUUUCCCAAAAUUUUAUUUAAGGUGUUCCAAAGCUUUUUACUAUCAUUCUUUAUGUCCUUUAUCUUUGUUUAAUAGUGUAGUUUCUUCUUCUUUUUAUUCCGUUUAGUCACAUGAUUUCUGAAUUUGCAGUACGUUUGCCAAUCGGUUCUGGUGCCAGACUUAUUUGCUAUUCCUUCAAAAUGGGUGCGGUCCAGAAAUUAUUUAAAUAAAAUGGAACGACCCUUAUGCCACUACUGUUGAUUCAUUGUUCUGUCACUGUUUAUGGUUUUAAGUUAUUUGUGCUGUAAUAGCGCCCCCUGCUUAUUAUGAGCCAAAUCCUAAUUUCAGACAUGCACGUAGGCCUACAACUCGAACUCAAGCUAAUGUCAUCCAUUGGCCUCAACUGAAGAUAUGUCUGAACAUUUGAGUUGCGGGUGCACAUCUGAAGCACAUCUCAAUAUUGGUGGUAUUAUACAUUUUGUCUUAUAGAUAUGUAGUGGUGUUAUGAUAUACUGUUUAAUUGAAUUAUUUUGUUCAUUUUUUGUGUGAUGUACGUUGUGUUUAGACCCCAGGAAGAGUAGCUGCUGCCAAGGGGAUCCAUAAUAAAGACCCCCCAAAAGUCAGGAUUCAAUUUAUCCCCUAUGCCCCUCAAACUCAACUCUGGACCUUGAAGUCAGUUACACUGUAUUUUUUCAUUGUUCCCCUCUAACCCGGGGCACCAGGUGUAUGCAAUUAAUUAUCAGGUAGAACAGAAAACCAGCAGGCUCCGGACCUCGUAGGGUAAGAGUUGAAUACCCCUGCAUGCUAUCACGUUUGCCUUAGAACUGUGAUAUUAAUUGUUUUCUUUCUCUCUUUGUUCAGGUCCCGACCUAGUGAAGCAAUAGUUGAGUGCACCAUGCAGUACUUGGACUUGAACCACCAGUAAUAUAUAGUGGGUGGAAACGGAGGGAUAAACUGGGGAGAAAAAGAGAAGUAUGGCCGUCUUUAAUAUGCUUGAGAAUGUGGAAGACCUCUAUGAGAUCGGAGAAGUACUUGGGAGUGGCCACUUUGGGCAGGUGAGGGAGGUGCGCGAGCGGGCCACGGGGGCUCUCUGGGCUGGGAAGUUCCUGAAGAUCAGGAAGUGUGCUAGCAGCCGGCUGGGCAUGGAGAGGAAGAAUGUAGAACGGGAGGUUGAGGUCCUGCAGGCCCUACAGCAUCCCAACAUCAUGGCCCUGAAGGAUGUGUUUGAGAGCCGGGCCGAGGUGGUGCUGGUGCUGGAGCUUAUUAGUGGAGGAGAACUGUUUGACUUCAUUGCUGAGAAGGAGAACCUGACGGAGAGCGACGCCAUCGACUUCAUGAAGCAGAUACUACUGGGCGUGGGCUUUAUGCACAGCAAACAAAUAGGCCAUUUUGACCUAAAGCCGGAAAACAUCAUGCUGUCGGACAAGAUGGCACCAAACCCCAACAUUAAGAUCAUUGACUUUGGGCUGGCCCACUGCUUCAAGUCGGGGGAGGAGUACAGGUGCAUGAGUGGCACCCCCCAGUACAUUUCUUCUGAAGUGAUCAACUACGAACCUCUGAGCACAGCUGUGGACAUGUGGAGCAUCGGAGUGAUCACCUACAUACUACUGAGUGGUAUGUCCCCGUUCCAAGGGGACACGGACGAGGAGACACUGAGGAACAUCAUAGCCCUGAACUACAAGUUUGACGACCACUACUUCAGCAUGACCAGUGCCAUGGCCAAAGACUUCAUCCAGAAGCUCUUUGUGAAAGAUCAGAAUGAGAGAAUGACCGCUGAGGAGUGUCUACACCACCCAUGGAUCAAGCCUCUGACACGGAAACAGGUGGCCAACAGGAAUCGCUCCUCCAUCAACAUGAAGACCUUUAAGAAGUUCAAUGCCAAGAGAAAAUGGAAGAUGUCAUAUAACAUGGUAUGGGUGUGUAACAGGCUGCAUCGACUGAAGCUGCUUUGUAAGACUAGUGCACUGGCGGGCGAGGAACUGAGACAGUGUGAGAGUGACCAGGAGGACACAGAGACCAAGCCAGCCUCACUCAUUCGCCGGCGACUCAGCAACAGUUCAUAGACUCGACCACCAGGGGAGAGACAAAGCAUCAAGCUGCAGUGCACAGUUUCCUUUACAGUGACACAACCAAGCCUACAGUAUUUGCACUCCCCCUUUACCAGGCCUCGAGGGAGUGUAAGACCAAGACAGGCUGACACAAGAGCCGGGCACACAAGGAAUUUUCGGGCUCUAUGUCCCUACAUGAGACUUCUCCUUGAUGAAGUGGAAUGGAAUCUACAGCACAAGGCCUGUCAAGGCUCAACUUUAUGCUCAAUGCACUUCAGGUGGAUUGGAGGUAAUUCCAGUAAGAGCACAAGUACAAAUGUGUGAUGGCUUCCGUGAGUGAGCAGAUAUUUAAAAAGACUCUCGAUGGGGUAACAUUUUAGAAAACCAAGCAUGACUUGUUUUUAGAGCUCUGCUCAGUAUUACUGUGGCUUAUUGCAUGUUUUUAUGGUGCUUUUGCAGUUGUAAAGGUCAACUGAUAGCAGGCGGUAACAUUAUUGUUCUUAUGGUGAAGUUACUGAUUUGGGGAUGAACAGUACUGGAUUGCCAGUUAGGUCACCCGUGAUACAAGUCAGUAUUCGACGUCCAUCCAUGUCGGAGGAUGUCAGGAGGGGCAAUAUAAAUAUAUUAUUUACAGUAUAAUAAUACAAUUAUAUAAUGCUAUACAAUUAUAAAAUAUCUAGUGUCCUAAACAUGAUUACCAAGUACUCCAAUAUUGUACGACAGACAAAUGUUUUAAGAUAACUGACCAGUAUAAAUAGCACAGCAAAUUAACUUUUAAAGGUUCUACUCCUAGAAAUAGGAUAACGAAUACAUUCUAGUUUUACUAAUCCAAUAAUGUCGUCCUGCAUACAGUAAAUACUCUGAACACUCCACGCUCUACUGCAGUGUUUCCCAACCCUAGUCCUCGAGCAUCCCCAGCAGCACACAUUUUUGUUUUAACCCUGGACAAGCACACCUGAUUAAACUUGUCAACUAAUCAUCAAGCCCACACUGAGUUGAAUGAGGUGUGUUUGUCAAGGGCUACCACAAAACUGUUCUGUUUUGGGGUACCCAGGGUUGGAAACACUGCUCUACUGAACUAGUAGCGUUACUGAAGAUCAUACAUUGAUGCAUGACAAGUAACGUGACAUGUUGGUCUAUGAAUGAUCUUUUGGUGAGAACUAUAUACGUUUUCUGUUUCUCUAAGAAGUUUAAGAAUUUGUUUUCUUUGAUUAUAACCUUGUGAAAAUACCUUAAAUCGACUGUCAGUGUUAAGUGUGGUUAUUUUAAAUAAAGGUACAUUGUGGUCAA